CUGUUAAUUGUUUGCUCUUCAAAUAGAGUCAGCCUGGAGCCAGCAGUCUUCCAGAAGUUAAGGACCGACUCUCCGACCUCCCUUAUCCCUCCCCCUUUCUUUCUCGCUCCUGACCGAUCACUCUCCCCCUCUUCUCCGGGGUUGCAUCAACAUGACAAAGCACUGGCCGGAGCAGAGCCGCCUGGCACCAGCCGCUCUGUGCCACAGUGGAGAACACCGCGACCAUCAACUUGACUUCUACAGAAAUGUGCAGCGGGGUUUUCCUUCCUGCGGUCUAGCCCAGCAGCGGCCUCAACAACCGGCUGAGAUGGCCCCCCAGCAGCAGCAGCAGCCCUCUGCACGCACCGAGCACCGUGGCGGUGCCACUGGACUCGUGGAUCAAACCAUUCCACCCCACUCUUCAUACCAGGACGGCGACGACGCCAACGCGAAGCUUCGGGAAGUGACGCGGGAGACGUGGAGGACUGAACGGGAGAAAAGCGGUUCUAGCAGUGGGAAGAAGAAGAACUAUCAGCGGUACCCCAAGCCACCCUAUUCCUACUUGGCUAUGAUCGCCAUGGUUAUCCAGCGGUCCCCAGAGAAGAAGCUUACACUAUCAGAGAUCCUGAAGGAGAUCAGUACCCUGUUUCCAUUUUUCAAAGGGAACUACAAAGGGUGGCGAGAUUCUGUGCGACACAACCUCUCCUCCUACAACUGCUUUGUUAAGGUGCUGAAGGAUCCAGGCAAACCUCAGGGUAAAGGGAACUUCUGGGCUGUGGACCUGAACCGUAUUCCUCUGGAUCUCCUGAAGAGGCAGAACACAGCUGUGUCGCGCCAAGACGAGACUAUCUUCGCUCAAGAUCUGGCCCCCUACAUCCUGCAGGGACACAAGCCGGAAUCUGAGCCGCCCCCUCCUCCGACUGAGUGUGUGACCUCUCUCCCGCCCGUGUCAUCAGGAAAUCCUUCACCGUCGCAGGGCGACUCAUUCAGGCCCAAGCUGGACUCGUCCUUUGCCAUCGAUUCCUUACUGCAGAGCCUGCGGCCAACGAGCGCUUCUGGGGAUGUGGUCCGAGACUGCUGGGGUGAGGUGGAGUGCCCUAGGCCCUCGCCGCCUCCACGCUCUCGUUACGCCUCCUCUGCCAGCUCGGUAAGCCCUGCCUCGACCUCUUCCUCCUCCUCUGAUGAGGAAUGGAAAGGCUUGUCCCACAGUGGGAAGCGUGUUCCUCCCAAUGGUGAAGCAGGAUCUGAGGGUUAUGAGGACUACAGACCGCCGUUGCACAAAUCCGCCAGACGGGAGAGUGUUGCUCCUCCGUGGGAGCUUCCAACCUCCUACGCCAAGUAUGCUCCCCCAAAUGCAGUCGCCCCACCUAGCAUGCGGUUUAACGGAGGCCCCUUAAUGCCGCUGCAUGGCGGACUACCACUUUACAGCUACAGUAGCUCUCCCAUGGCGCCUGCCCACUUCAUAGGUCAGUCCUAUUGGCCGAUUCUCCCCAGCAGGCGAGUCUCGGUUCAGCCCCUUCCUCUGCUCAUGGACUUGGACAACAUGCUGCAGUCGGUUCCUCCAAAUAAGAGCGUGUUCGAUGCACUGCUGCCCGUUAAUCAGAACACUUACUCACAUCACCAACCGCAGAGCCAGUACACCCUGCAGAACGGGACUCCUCUCAACAGGUAUCACCAAUACUGAGAGUCAUUCACACACCAAACAAGGAAUCCAAACAGGAAGUAAACAAUAAGCUCCAGACAAUCUCCUUGAUAGUUUCUUGCUGGCCAGAAGCUGGUUUUUCUUGUUUUUUUUGUUUUGUUUUUAAAAAAAAAAAAAUUAUUUACAUCUUGGUGUGUUUUAAAACAAAUUGCAAUUCUGCCUUCAGCAUUGAGUUUCAUUGAAGCAAAACUACCUAAAAAAAAAAGCUAUGCAACACAACAGAUAUCUACCUCAGUGUUUCAAUGAAACGUCGUGCUGCUACACUCUUUGCACUGCAGAUCUUGUUUGCACAGUUGUUUAAUACAAUGUCUUGAGGAUUGUUUUUAAUGCCGUCUAUCCACUGUGACUAUUGAAUGUAUUACAUGGUGACUCGUGGAAAAAACCAGCUGCGAAGUCCAAAAUGGCAAGGAGUUCGUUACUGAUGGUUAUCAGGUUUUUUCCACGUUGCAUUACGCUCGGGCUGAUUUUAGGAUGUAUGUAAAGGUUUUACCUUCUUUGUUUACAGAUGUCUCUCUCUUUUUUUUACUGCUUGCAAGAGAAAACAAAAAAAAUUCAACACAUUUUGAAUCACUUGAACUCACUUUUAGAACACUCAGCAUCAGUGUGGCGCUAAUAAUGGAAAAUAUAGCUUUAACAAUUACAUUUUUUUCUAGAUUUUUACUUGCACUAUUUACCUGAUGAUCUUCCAAAGGACACCACUUUUAGAUGUUUCCCUACCUCGACUGAAGAAUGUAAUACAAGCUUCCCAUCAUCUUUAACUACUGACCAAUAUGUAACUAUGCAUCCGUAGAGAUCUCUUGAAGUCUAACGGGUUUCUAAAAAGUUUAUUUUAACAGUGCUGCUCAGGACAAAUAAAAUUUACAUUUGAACAAAACUGACUUAGGUUCAUUGCAAUGUUUCUGUUAUUUUUUAUCUUUUUCAAAGACUGGGUAAAGUAAUCCUAUAUGCUUCCGGUAAAGAAUUUUUGUGUUGACGAUUUAAACCACGAAAAUUGUUGAAGCUGUAAUUAUGAAGGCAACAUAAAGAAAAAAAGAAGUAAUAUUUUGAAAGGGCACUGAUUUUAAAUAUGUGGCUGACUAAGCAAAAAUAAUGCUGGCCUAAAAAUUUUUUGUAACUUUGUCCGGCUGGUGAAUAUAAAUCUGAAAAAGUGUACAACUUAAAAUACGUUCUUCCAGAAGUAUAUUUAUUUACCAGAACUGGAAUUUCUUAGUGGAGCGGCGAUAUUAACGUGGCAACAAA